CAGAGUCACUUCAGGUUAGCCAAUCAAAUGCGGUCUUGUCUCUAAAAAGCAGAGAAAAAAAUCCACGUUCUUUUCAUUUCACAAAGCAAAUUGAACACAAUGACAUCUCCAGUGUUUGCUCUCUUUCUCACGUGUCUGUUCUGGGCCGGAUUGGCUCAGACUGACCGGAAAUUGUCUUUUUCUGUCAGCCAAGAGACACAUUUUGUAUCAGUCAAAGAUGGGGAAAACUUGACUUUGAAAUGUUUCUUUGAAGGUGCCGUUGCUGCCAGACUUUACUGGUACAAGCAAACUCUGGGACAGAAACAUCAGCUCAUCUCUACUUUCUAUAUGUACGACAAAAAGGUUAAUUUUUACAAUGAAUUCAAAAACGACUCACGUUUUACACUGAGUGUUGAAAAUGGUCAAAAUCACCUGACAAUCACAGAAGUGCGCUUUUCAGACUCGGCUACUUACUACUGCAUGAGUUGUUUUCUAUACACGUUAGAAAUAUCGGCUAGCAUUUUAGUCGAUGUAAAAGGUUCAAGCUUAAACAUCCCAGCUACGGUCCACCAGUCAGCGUCUGAGAGCAUCCAGCCAGGAGGCUCUGUGACUCUCAACUGUACAGUACACACUGGGACCUGUGAUGGAGAACACCGUGUUUACUGGUUCAAGAAGUCAGAAGAAUCUCAGCCAGGACUCAUUUACACCCAUGGAGGCAGGACUGAUCAGUGUGAGAGGAAACCCAACACACAAACACACACCUGUGUCUACAAGCUGCCGAUGAAGAGUCUGAAUCUUUCUCAUGCUGGUACCUACUACUGUGCUGUGGCCUCAUGUGGACACAUUCUGUUUGGAAACGGGACCAAGCUGGAGUUAGAAGAUGAGGUGGACUCUGUCUUGGUGUAUUUCUUAAGUGGAACUACGACAUUCACCACCAUCCUGAGUGUUUUACUGGCUCUCACAGUGUGCAUGAUGAACAAGGGACACAACCGCCAAUCUAAUGAGGGUUACCAGCACGCUCAAAACCUUUAUUAUGCUGCUUUAAGUGCCGACCUGUCGAUCAGAUCAAGAGGACAGAGGGAUCCCACCUGGACUGAAUGUGUGUACUACAGCGUAAAGCAGUAGAACUGGACUUAUUACAUUUGUACUUUGGAGU